UCCUGUCUGGACGCUAGGAGCACGGUUGGCUCGGGAUAUUUGGAAAGGUGGCAUGUCAAUAUGCAGCUCAUCACAUCAAAGGCUUACAUAUAUUUAUCGAUAAUGAGUCCGAGGAGUACGCGCGAGCGCGAGAGGCCUAUCCGAAGCUGUGGGCAUACCUACCAUUCCUUGUACUGUGCGGAUAUCCGUAAGGUUCCCGGGAGUUCUGUACUGGGUCUAUCCGAUGACUCGCGCCUGGAUAUCAUAAUCAGGCGCAAGCACACCAACGCAAGAAACGUGCAUGCCUUUCGGUGUGGGAUUAGCCCAGUAACGUUUCGCUUUACCUCUUCCUUUUUGCUCAUCUUAGCGUAA